AUGGACAAGAGAAAUGUAGAUGUGUAUGCCUGUUUGUCGAUGGACGCUUCCAUCAGGACGGUUGAACUCAAUCGCGACUUGAUCGAGAUUAUAAAGAACAAGUCUGACUCGUUAUAUCUCAAGGCCUCAAACACAGAAGGGGAGACUGUGUUGUGUUCUUCCUCCAAAACAUAUCAGUUGAGAAAUAAGAAGCAUUCUAACACUGUCUUGCUCAGUAAAUCUCAAUGCAGAGUAUUCGACAGCAGCCAGUUGAAGAAGUUGAUUGGGUUUUCCAAACUAACCUCAGAUUUUGAAUGUGUUCCUAAAACCAAUACAAUCGAUGUUUCAAAUUUACCAAUUUAUCAUGAUUCAUUGACCUUUCUCUCGAAUAGUGGUAAGGGCCAGGUUCCCACCAAUUACAUAUCUUUAGAUCAACUAAUUGAUAACACCCCAUUGUCUAUCAAUGAGUUUAAUUUACUUUGGGCUGAGCUUGGUGGUUGUGAAAUUAAUGGGAUAGCUUGCUUAUUAUCAAAUGAGGUUGUGCAUAAGACGUUGACACUUUUAAUAACGUCGAUUAUUGCCAAUGAUUUGGAAUUCAAUAAUUUAGAUUUGAUGCAUUGUGUGGAUUCGGUUGGUAAUGCAACUGACUAUCCGAUUAAUAUUGUACGAUCGAUUUUAAUGAAGUUUUGUACAAAUGAUUGCAUUAACAGUCAGGAUGAUAAAUUUAAAUUGGAUGAAACCAAAAUAGCCAGAUGGUAUGGUAUGAAAGCAUUGGAGUUGUACGCUAAAAAACCGAUUUUAAUUGAUGAUUUUUUGAUUAAAUGGAAAUCUAUUUUUCCCAAGUUUUAUUCAGUUCCAAUUAGUAUGAAGUUACUACAUGGGAAUUUUGGAAGACCAUAUUCGAACAAUUUUCAAAAUUAUAAUAAAAUUCAGUUUUUUCCUAAAAAUUUACUAUCAAACAAGAUUGAUGAGCGGUUUAGACAGUUAUUUAAAUUUCAAAAUCAAUGGGCAAUCGAAGAGUUUAUUCCAUUUGUCAUUGAUUUGAAUAAAAAUCAAAAAUUGAAAAUAGAUAAGUUUAUAAUGAAAUAUGCGAAGAGGAAAAUGAUUAACAAUAAUAAAGAAGUUGUAAUUACAUCUAAAUGAUAUAUUUUCAAAUAUAUAAUUAUAUAUUAAAAAAAACAAAAA